UUUAAAAGUAAAAUUAAUUUAAUUCUUUUUGUUAAUUUUCCAUGGCUGCAGGAGCGAGAACAAGCUUUGAGAUCGUUUAAAAGUGGCCUGACUCCAAUUUUGGUAGCAACAGACGUAGCGGCACGUGGUCUUGAUAUCCCUCAUGUUGCACAUGUUGUUAACUUUGAUCUUCCAAAUGACAUUGAUGAUUAUGUCCACCGUAUAGGACGCACUGGCCGUGCAGGUAAAACUGGGUUGGCAACUGCCUUCUUUAACGAGAAUAAUUCCUCCUUGGCAAGAUCAUUGUCCGAUUUGAUGCAAGAAGCAAACCAAGAAGUCCCUGCUUGGCUGUCCCGAGUUGCAGCUAGAUCAAUCUAUGGGAAAAAUCGACGGGGAGGAGGCCGUUUUGGAGCUCGUGAUUUCCGAAGGGAAUCGUCCUUCAGUCGAGGUGGUACUGACUACUAUGGUGGUGGCAACAUGGGCAAUAACUACAAUGCUUCUGGUGGGUAUGGCGGAGCUUAUGGUGCUGGCGUGACUAGUGCAUGGGACUAAUAACCUACAAUUUGCCCCCAGUUUGGCUAUUGCAAAAUACAAUUUUAAGUUUAUCUUAGCAAACAAUUGUUCUUAGAGGGGAACCAAUUGUCUUUUGAUUUUUCGAGUUCUACUUUUCAGCAUUGAAGUCCUUCAAUUGAACCCCCACCGAGGGUGAUAUGAGUGAGGAUUGAGAUGUUCGAUGUUGGCAGGGAAAUGGAAAGAGAAUUACUAACCUGUUAGGAUUUGCUCAUCUACUCCUCCUCUCUCUCAUUUUUCAUUGUUUAGAAGUUUUUUGAUUUUUGGUUUUUUUUGGUGGUGUUAGAUUCUAGAGUCGUGUCGUGGGAGGGUAUUGGCUUGGUUAGUGCCAGCAUACACUACUUGUACAUCUCACUGGUUUACUGUUUCCAUACUGUUGGUUGUAAAUUCCUUCUGCAGAUCCCCAUCAGGAUAUUUCGUCGACCGUUUUUAACUUUUGAUGCUGUUGUAAUAUUAUACUUA